AUGGACAUCCAAGUAGACGACGCAAUGAUACAAAAGGCCAAGGCGCUCCAACAAGCCAACGAAGAAGAGAUAAAAGUGAAAAAGUUAAAACCCCAAUCGGAGGGAUUACUAAGCCCGAAAUGCAAUCUGCUUGAGGUGACGGAUAAGAGUUGUAGGAGUAGAGUACGAAUCUGUAACGUGUUGAAUGUGCCCAAAAGUGAAACUUCAUUUAAUGAUCCCACGAGGAAAAAUGAAUAUAUAGAUAAGAUAAUCACCGUGUGUGGUUGGAGUAAGGCAGUGAGGAAGCAGGGAGGAGGUAGGUUCUGUUUUGUGAACCUAAAUGAUGGUUCUUGCCAUUUAAAUUUGCAAGUUGUUGUCGACCAAUCUAUAGAAAACUACGAAAAAUUGCUAAAGUGUGGAGUUGGGUGCUGUUUCCGAUUCACCGGAAAGUUAAUAAUUUCCCCUGUACAGAAUGAGGAGAAAAAAGGACUCUUAAGGGAAAAUGUUGAACUGACAUUGAAGGAUAACUCCAUUCACAACUUUGAGAUCUAUGGAGAGAAUUUAGAUCCUCACAAGUAUCCUCUUUCGAAGAAGAACCAUGGAAAAGAGUUUUUACGCGAAGUAGCUCACUUGAGACCACGAAGUUACUUCAUUAGCUCAGUUAUUAGAAUUCGAAACGCUCUUGCGAUUGCUACUCAUUUGUUUUUCCAGAGCAGGGGUUUUCUCUACAUUCAUACCCCGUUGAUUACUACUUCUGAUUGUGAGGGCGGUGGGGAGAUGUUUACGGUGACGACGCUCUUGGGGGAGGACGCUGAUUAUGGUGCCAUUCCGCGGGUGAAGAGGCCGACCAAGGGGGGGAAGAAGAGGGAGGACGCGCAGGGUAGCGGCAAUGCCGAUGGGGGUGGCAGCGAAAAUGCAGGUGGACGUGGCAAUACGGAUGGGAGUGACAUUCCUAAUGAACGUGGCAGUGCUGAUGCUCGUGUGGCACCUCCCCCACACUACCUGAUCGACUAUAAGAAGGACUUCUUCAGCAAGCAGGCAUUCCUCACGGUGAGCGGCCAGUUGUCUCUAGAAAAUCUCUGCUCCUCCAUGGGAGAUGUCUACACCUUCGGACCCACUUUCCGAGCGGAAAAUUCACACACCUCCAGACAUCUAGCAGAAUUCUGGAUGAUAGAACCAGAGAUAGCCUUUGCAGAUCUAUACGACAAUAUGGAGUUGGCCGAGUCAUACAUCAAAUACUGCAUCGGGUAUGUUCUCAGUAACCACUUCGAUGACAUAUACUACUUUGAGGAGAAUGUAGAGAAGGGUCUAAUCAGUCGGCUCAGAAAUGUAUUGAAUGAAGCCUUUGCGAAGAUAACGUACACAAAUGUAAUAGACCUUCUGUUGCCCUACUCGGAUAAGUUUGACGUGCCGGUUAAGUGGGGAAUGGACUUACAGUCAGAACAUGAAAGGUUCGUAGCGGAACAGAUUUUUAAAAAACCCGUCAUUGUGUAUAACUACCCAAAGGAUUUGAAAGCAUUUUAUAUGAAAUUAAAUGACGAUCAGAAGACAGUUGCCGCUAUGGAUGUAUUGGUCCCAAAAAUUGGCGAAGUUAUUGGUGGGUCUCAAAGAGAGGACAAUUUGGAACUGCUAGACAAGAUGAUUAUUGAGAAGAAGCUAAACAUGGAGAGCUACUGGUGGUACCGGCAGUUGCGCAAAUUCGGUUCUCACCCACACGCCGGCUUCGGCCUGGGGUUCGAGCGCCUAAUUAUGCUCGUCACUGGGGUGGACAACAUUAAGGACACCAUUCCGUUUCCGCGCUACCCGGGCCACGCGGAGUUCUGA